AUGACCAUUGCAUACAAUCCUGACGCGGACCCUGACCCAACCACCCAGAUAGCAUGGCCAGCUAGCCACAGGUCGCGCACAACAUCUAAUUCUCAACAAGAAACACAGUCUGUCGAACAAGAAUCAUACCAGGCGAUAGAUGGAAACGGAAAGCAGAAGCAACACGCAAGCGAACCCGGGCGAACACGCUUAACCACAUGGAAUCUUAUUACCCUCAGUAUAUCCAUGGCCGGCGCCCAAAUCGCGUGGACGGUGGAGCUAGGAUACGGAACACCAUUUCUCCUGUCACUGGGGAUAUCAGAACAAGUUACCAGCUUGGUCUGGUUAGCUGGGCCUAUCAGCGGCCUUAUUGCACAACCCCUCAUAGGUGCAAUAUCUGAUUCGUCCACGUCGAAGUAUCGGCGGAGAUACUGGGUGGUCUUAUCGACGGGUGCACUUGUCGUCUCAACGCUAGUUUUGGCCUAUUGUCAGGACAUCGCUGGUUUCUUUGUUGAUAUCUUUGGCGGAGGCGCUGGUGACUGGGAUCCAGAACGCACGAAGCAGGCCGCAAACGCUGCCAUCGGCAUAGCUGUCUUCGCGUUCUACGUUCUUGAUUUUGCUCUCAACGCUCUCCAAGCAUCUUUGCGCAAUCUUCUUCUGGAUAUCACACCGCCCGAUCAGCUCAAUGCCGGCAAUGCUUGGCAUAGCCGCAUGUGCCAAGCAGGUAAUAUCGUUGGUUACGGGUUUGGAUUUAUCCCUCUUGCGAAGCUUCCCUUCCUGAGCUUCCUGGGUGGCGAUCAGUUCCGAAAGUUCUGUGUUGUCAGCAUGACUAUCCUUGUUAUCACUGUGUGGAUCACUUGCUUCUGUCAUGAGGAGAAAUCUUCUGCAGAAAGGAAGAACAGCCAGAGGCGCGGCAAGUUGGGUGAAAUUUUGGAGAACAUUUACAGUGCAAUCACAACGCUUCCGAGACCUAUUAGAAGGGUUUGUCUUGUGCAGAUCUUCGCUUUCAUGGGAUGGUUCCCAUUCUUGUUCUACUCUACCACAUAUGUCGGUCAAGUUAUGGCCUACGAGACAGGUGAGGAGCCAGACAACGAGCUAGCCACUCGUAACGGUGAAUUCGCAAUGUUGCUAUACAGCAUAGUGGCUGUUCUCGCCGGCGGCAUACUUCCCGUCUUUGCCCGACGUGACCGUCGUCUUCUCCCUGUAGAAGGUGAUGACGAAGAUGCACAGAUUGAGCGCUUCCGCGGUAGACUUCACCUGUGGCGUCAAGAAGGGAUCACAAAACUUCCCAAGAUGCCAUGGCUCCUCCGGGACAUAUGGACAGCGGCGAUGAUCUUGUUCACCCUGCUAACGUUCUCUACGUUCUGGAUAAGCACCGUCAAGCAAGCUACGGUUGCAAUUAGCUUGGUUGGGAUAUGUUGGGCUGUUGCAUGUUGGGUACCGUUCGCCAUUAUCAUGGAGCUGUUGAAAGAGAUGCAUGCAAAGAUUCCUCAUCUACCUGAAACAACAACUGAGGCCUCUGAGCAAGAUCCUUUACUUGGUCGUUCCUCAGAAGUUGAAUCAGAUUCUGAUACUGAGGAUGAGGCCAGUGAUAGUGAGACCAGGCCAGCAGGAGGCACGAUCCUCGGCAUCCAUAAUCUUGCCAUUGUGAUGCCACAGUUCAUCAUCGCCUUGGUCUCAUCUGUGAUCUUCCGCAUCGUAGAUGAAUCCAACCCCGUUUCAGCUCCCUCUCCCUCUCCCGAUCUCGAACCUGAUCACAACACAUACUUGGGCAAGAACGGCGUAGCAUGGGUCCUGCGGUUUGGAGGCUUGUGCGCGCUAAUCGGCGCUGCUGCCUGUCGUAUGGUGCCACCCACCAAGACAGAGCGUCAGAUGAGGAGUGGGCUUGCUGUACUGAAAGAGCUAAAGGCUGAAGAGGAGCCAUGA